GACUCUUUUGGUUGAAAAUAUUAAGAUGGAUGUUGAUAAUGAACUGGAGGGUAAACUGCUACAGCAGUUCAGCUCCAUGGGGACAACUGACAAAGAAGUUUUGAUCUCGGAAUUUCAGAAGUUACUAGAACCAAACCAAUUGAAUCCAGCAGGAUGUGCAUUUUUUCUUGAUAUGAAUAACUGGAAUUUACAGGCAGCAAUAUGCUCAUACUAUGAUUAUGACCAACCAACAGUGCAACUGCAAGUUCCUUGUAUGAAGUUUGUCAAAGAUGUGACGAUUGGAGAGGGAGAGGCUGUUCCUCCCAACACCACAUUUACCAAAACAUGGAGAAUACAAAACUCAGGAGAUGACCGAUGGCCACCAGGCUGUAACCUACGGUACUGUACAGGUGACAAUUUAAGUAACACAGAUCGUGCUAUUGUGGAUGCUUUACUACCUGGUCAGGUAACAGAUGUAAGUGUGGAAAUGCACAGUCCCUCCAACACAGGUGUUUACCAGAGUCAGUGGAGGUUAUCCACACCUACAGGAAUGUUUUUUGGAGAUGUGAUAUGGGUGAUUAUUCAGGUAGAUAUUGGAGGAUUAUUAGAUAUAACUCAGAAAAUGUCUAAAUUUGGGACGGACUCACAAGGGCAUUCUAGUCAUGCUCAGCCUUUACCAAAUCCUUUUGCUUCCCCUGUGAAAAGUAACAUUAGUGAAAUCCCAAGACCAAGUUUUUCCCCACAGCACUUAUCAUUCCCAGGAAGUCCUGUCAGUAAUAUGUCUCCUAAUUCUUCAAUGACUGCCCAGUCAGGAAGCCCAUUUGCUGCACAACUGAGCCCGGCUUCUAAUACCAUGGCAGGAAGUCCGUAUUCUCAACAGAUGACUUCUACAGUCACAAAUAGUUUUUCUGCUGCAUGCUCACUCUUUCAGACACAACCAGAUAAAUCCUGUGAUCUCCAAGACUCCACAUCUGAAUUAGACAUAUCUUAGCAUUGAUUAGAAGACUUUCUUACAAGUAUAACAAACACUGACUCACACGGGAAAUGGGACUCAAUGACUACACCACAAAGACAUAGAACUUAUUUCCAUCUUUGUUUUAAGGGAGCCGACUGGGGUUUUAUUUGUGUGAGUGUGUGUAUAAAAACUACCAUAGAGAAACUAUUUAUUUAUAUACCAUGUUAAGCCUACACUUACUUCAGUGUACAUGCAAAGUUUCAGAAAAAAUCUAUCGGCUGAGUAUUUUUUAGGAACCAUCUCAAAAUACAGUUACAUUUACUAUAGGAUUGUAUUGAGAAAUGCUUUUUUUUGUAUUUCAAAGCAAAUUACAAAAAUACUACAAUAGACUUUUUUUCCUCAGAUUUUAACAUGUGAUAAGUAAUACUAUACCAAGCAUUAUAUAUAAGAAAUACCAAAUUCCACAGUUUGGUUUCCAGAGGGGGCAUCUCAAAGUGUCAAAUUUACGAAAUUUUCCUGUUUUUAUGGAAUACUUCAAAAUAUGACAGAUAUUAAGGAUUUAUACAGAAAAUAACCAGAAAUAAUUGAGGUUUUCAAAUCUCUUUGUUUAAAAUUUGAAGAGCAUCUAUUUUACCGGUAUACUUUUUCUUUUCUAAUGCUUUUUGUGACCCCCUCUUUAAUAACUUCAGUUUAUCAUACAAUGUAACAUCAAAGACACAAAAAUGACGUCCAUAUACCUAUCGGUUACAAAAUCAUCUUAAAAGUAUAUAAAGUAAGAUUUUUUACUCCUGCUUCCUUAAUUGUGUUAAAUUUGAUAAACUCUGUUAAUAUUAACAUUUUUAUUUAAUACACUGGAUGAAGUAUUGAGUAAUGGAAACCCCAGUCAGCCCCCCUUAACAGAUUAAACUGUAUUUUGUAUUUAUAGAAGUGAUGAUGAUGAUUUGUAAAGUGUGAACAUAUCAAGGAUCGAUUUUAAAAAGUUAAUUUUCUCUUGUAUCUGAUAAAAAUCUGUCUUGUUCAAACUUAAAGGAAUUGAAAAACAAGGAAAAAGUAAGUUUGUACAUUGCUAAACCUAGAUGUUCAGUGUUUUAUGCAAUGUUCAGUUUUCAACCAGAGCUGACAUAAGCUUUUAACCAAAAUGAAGAUGUUUUAUUACAGUUUUACGUAUCUUUGAGGAUUCCGGCUUCUUGUAUAUCUACAUUUCCCAGUACACAAUAUACAUGUAUGUGCAUGCAUGAAAAUGAUACUUUUGUUGGAUUCUGACAUAAAAAUAAAAGCUUCUUGACUGAGAAGCAUAAAUGUGAACUAAUAAACU